AUGCGCAUUAAAAAUGGUAACGCCUCACCUCAAAUGACAAUAAUGGCGGAAAAAAAAAAUCAAUUCACAAAUGAGUUACAAACUUUUGGGGAACCAAAUAAUAAUGAUGCUUUGCAACAGCUAUAUUUUUAA